GGAAAACUCUACCAGAGAUUUGCUUUUGUCUUCCUUUUCAGAUUCCGGGACCUUAAUAAACUGGGAGAGGUCAGUUUGGAGGAGAUGAUUCUUCAUAAAUACCCAUAUCUGGGGAAUCAGAUUGGAGAUAUUUUACAACAUCCAGAGAAUCUUCUUUUUCUGUUUGAUGGCUUAGAUGAAAGUGUUCACCAAAUAGAUUUCAGAUCAAGCACACUGUGCACCAAUCCAAAAUGGAGGAAAGAUAUUAGCACUAUUGUGUCUAAUCUGGUAAAACAGAAUCUUCUUAAGGGUUGCUCCAUGCUGAUAACCAGCCGCCCAGCCAGACUGGUAUCAGUUGAUACUGGUGUUUUUCAGAGAAUAGCUGAAAUAAUGGGAUUUCUCCCCGGAAACAGACUGAUCUAUUUUGAAAAUUUCUUUGGAAAUAAGGAAUUGGUAGAGAAGGCUUUUCAUCAUGUGCAAGAAAAUGACACACUGUACACUUUCUGUUACAUCCCAUCAUACUGCUGGAUCGUCUGUACAGUGCUGUCAAUGUGCUUUAGUGCCCAACCAACAAACUCUGAUCAGCUGAUGACAUCAUUGCCCAAAACAGUGACACAACUCUUUGUGACCUUUGUCUCCAACAUUCUGGCCAACCACAACCAGAAUAAAGAUGGUGGUCACACUGUCCAGGAACUGCUGACAUCUAUUGGAUGGAUGGCAGAAUAUGGAGUCAUGAAUCACAUAAUUGUAUUUGAUAAGCGUUAUCUGGACUCAUUCAGUGUGAGAACUAAUAAACAUCUCUUUUCAUGUUUCAUGAUGGAAUCUGGUCAGCCUCCUGAUGUGGAUUUCACCUUCUUACAUCUCACUCUUCAGGAGUUUUUCGCUGCAUUGGUUUAUUUUAUUAACUAUAAUCCUGACAGAUUACAGGAAGCACUUGAUAAGGCUGAAUCUUACAAAGAUGGGCGUGCUGAAAUUUUUCUCCGUUUUCUCUGCGGUCUCUCAGACUCUUCUACUAGAUCCAUGUUAAAGUCUCAUGUGGGAGAAUUGUCUACUCAGGCUGCCAAAGAUGUUGUCACCUGGAUCCAGAAGAAUACUACAAAAGAACAAAGUCUUGACAAAUCUAUAGUAGACAAGAGACUGCUUCUUAAUGUGUUCUACUUUCUUUUUGAGAGCAGGAAUACAUUCCUUGUGUCACAGUGUAUUGGGUCAAACAAAAUUGACUUUUCUGGUGUUCCCCUCAGUCCUCUGGACUGCUCUGUGCUGUCUUUUAUCAUUCAGUGCUGCAGUGAGACAGAAGACGUAAACCUAAGUAAAUGUAAUAUUCAGAGUGAAGGAUUGAAAAAACUUAUACCAGGUCUACGCACUAGCAAGACUUUAAGUUUGGAAGAUAAUGACCUGACAGACAUUUCCUGCCCCCACCUGGCAUCUGGAAUAAGCAAUAACCAGACAUUGAGAACCCUGGUCUUGACUGCGAACAAUCUGGAGGGUCCUCAUUUCAGUGAUCUGAUGACAGCUCUGACAACAAGCCAGAUAGAGGAAUUACAUUUGAAUGGUAACAACCUGACAGACAGUUCCUGCCCCCACCUGGCAUCUGGAAUAAGAAAUAACCAGACACUGAGGAUACUGAACCUUUCGGAUAACAAUCUGGAGAGUCCUCAGUUCAGUGAUCUGAUGGCAGCUCUGUCAACAAGUCGGAUAGAAGAAUUGGAUUUGCAUAAUAAUAACCUGACAGACAGUUCCUGCCUCCAUCUGGCAUCUGGAAUAAGACAUAACAAGACAUUGUGGAAGCUUGACUUGUCUCGAAACAGUCUGGAGGGUCCCCAUUUCAGUGAUCUAAUGGCAGCUGUGACAACAAGUCAGAUAAAGGAGUUAUGGUGAGUAUAACAUGACUGACUGACAAAGCUUGUUAUCUGCACACCUUCUGUUUGUUGCAUAUUGUGGGAUCAAAAAAUGUAUAAAGUAUUCACACUGGAUCUGACGUUGAAAUCGUGUAACUUCACUUGAAGUUGCACAAUUUCAAAGUUGGAUGGCAGUGUGACUUCAGGUGUGACUUGAUAGCCAUCUGUGUGACUUCAUGCAUAGAUGUCUAUGCAAGUCAAAACCAAAAUUGGCAAAAGUAAUACAGGAACUUAAC